AUGGAUCUUGGAGAGAUCGUUGUGGCUGAACGUCCUGGUGAGAGGCAGUUUUACGCGGAGCAGAAGACGAGAGCCCAGGACCUGCUGGGGAGAAGUGGAAACCGGAUCAACCAAGUUUUCGGUUACCUCACAGGAGAAAUGAAGGAAUAUGGAGAGUGGAUGAAAAGUAAGCCCUUAAUGGUUCAGCUGGUGGACUGGAUCUUGCGAGGGACCUCUCAGGUGAUGUUUGUCAACAACCCUCUCAGCGGGCUGAUCAUUUUAGCAGGGCUUUUCAUCCAGAGCCCGUGGUACAUGCUCACAGGCUGUACUGGAAUAACCGUGUCAACAUUAACUGCCCUGGCCCUCAGUCAGGACAGAUCAGCCAUCGCAGCUGGGUUGCACGGCUACAACGGGAUCUUGGUGGGACUGCUCAUGGCCGUCUUCUCUGACAAAGGGGAUUACUACUGGUGGCUUCUUCCUCCUGUGGCAGUUAUAUCAAUGGCCUGCCCAAUCCUGUCCAGUGCUUUGGGAUCCAUCUUCAGUAAAUGGGACCUUCCUGUUUUCACUCUGCCCUUCAAUAUAGCCGUGACUCUGUACUUUGCAGCCACAGGACACUACAACAGCUUCUUCCCUACCCCCCUUAUCAAGCCUGUAGCAUCAGUGCCCAAUAUCACUUGGUCUGCAGUCAACGUGCCACUGCUCUUGCAGUCCGUUCCAGUCGGUGUUGGUCAAGUGUACGGUUGUGAAAACCCCUGGACUGGAGGCAUCAUCCUUGUUGCUUUGCUUGUCUCCUCCCCACUUAUUUGUUUACAUUCUGCAAUUGGAUCAACAGUGGGGAUGUUUGCAGCGCUGAGCAUUGCAACGCCGUUUGACAGCAUCUACCUUGGCUUGCACAACUACAACUGCGCACUGGCGUGCAUUGCCAUCGGGGGCAUGUUCUACGCCCUCACCUGGCAGACUCAUUUGCUGUCGCUUGCCUGCGCAUUAUUUUGUGCCUACGCUGGAGCAGGUCUUGCUAAUGCCCUAUCUGUGCUUGGCCUGCCGCUCUGCACCUGGCCUUUUUGCUUCUCUGCACUUCUGUUCUUACUGAUAAAUUCAGAGAAUCCAGCCAUCUACAAAAUGCCCCUCUGCAAAGUCACCUACCCAGAAGCCAACCGGAUCUACUACCUGAGAAUGAGGAGAAGAGCAUCAGAGGUCAGGAGAGAAGAGCAGAAACGAAAGGAGCAGAAACCCGAUGGCGACUCAAAAAUAAACACAGGAGGAACCCCGCUGUGCACCCCCAAAACCCGCCACAUACAACAUACACAGGUUCAGAACAUCAACAUGGAAAACACUGUUGAUGUCAAGAUAGAAACCAAGGGGGAAAGAAAGCCAAAAAGGCAGAAUCCACUAAACAAAGCUGGGAAGAGGGUCUGCAGAGCUGUUGGGUACAUCACUGGAGACAUGAAGGAAUUUGGAGCCUGGCUAAAAGAUAAACCUCUCAUGAUCCAGUUUAUUGACUGGGUGCUGCGUGGGAUAUCCCAGGUGAUGUUUGUCAACAAUCCCCUCAGUGGGCUUAUCGUGGUUGCUGGCUUCUUGGUGCAGAACCCGUGGUGGACACUCACAGGCUGUCUGGGAACAGUUGUCUCAACCUUAACAGCACUUAUGUUGGGUCAGGAGAGAUCAGCCAUAGCAGCAGGCCUGUACAGCUAUAACGGGGUCUUGGUGGGAUUGCUCAUGGCCGUCUUCUCUGCUAAGGGAGACUACCACUGGUGGCUUCUACUGCCGGUAGCACUGGUGUCCAUGACCUGCCCGGUUUUCACCAGUGCCUUAGGCUCAGUCUUCUGUAAGUGGGACCUCCCUGUAUUCACCUUGCCUUUCAACUUGGCCUUGACCCUCUAUCUGGCUGCAUCAGGACCUCAUAACCUCUUCUUCCCUACAAGUGUCAUUCAGUCUGCAACAGCAACACCAAACAUCACCUGGACAGAUGCUGAGCUGCCAAUGCUCCUGCAAUCCAUUCCUGUUGGAGUAGGUCAGGUUUAUGGCUGUGAUAACCCCUGGACCGGGGGAAUUUUCCUGAUUGCUUUAUUUAUCUCUUCUCCACUCAUUUGUCUGCACGCAGCCAUUGGAUCAGCAGUGGGGAUGCUGGCAGCACUUAGCUUAGCCACGCCUUUUAGCAAAAUCUACUCCGGCUUGUGGGGCUACAACAGCUCCCUCUCGUGCGUCGCGAUCGGAGGCAUGUUCUACGCUUUCACCUGGCAGACACAUCUGCUGGCAGUCGCCUGUGCUCUCUUCAGUGCCUACGUGGGAGCAGCAGUGACUAACAUGUUGUCUGUGUUUGGGGUGCCAUCGGGAACCUGGUCUUUUUGCUUGUCUGCACUGACCUUCCUGCUAAUAACUACAAAUAAUUCUGCCAUCUACAAGCUGCCACUCUCCAAAGUCACCUACCCGGAGGCGAACCGGGCUUAUUAUCUCAAGAUGAAGAAACACCAGAGGUCUUGCUGUGAGGUAUAAAGACCCAAGAAGAGAGACACUUUGCAGAUUUUACAGCAA